GGAGACGAGGAUGGCGGCGCAGGCGCAGGCGCAGCAGAGCCCCGCCUCGGAGGUCGGCUCCCCGGCGGCCGCUGCGGCGGCGGCCGCCUCGUUCCCCGCCACGUCGCUCUACGUCGGGGAUCUCGACGUCAGCGUGCAGGACGCGCAGCUCUUCGACGUGUUCGCCCAGGUCGGCGGCGUCGUCUCCGUCCGCGUCUGCAGGGACGUCAACACGCGGAGGUCGCUCGGCUACGCCUACGUCAACUACAGCAGUCCCGCCGAUGCUGCACGAGCACUGGAAAUGCUCAACUUCACUCCUAUCAAUGGGAAACCUAUCAGGAUUAUGUAUUCUAACCGUGACCCCAGCUUGCGCAAGAGUGGCGCAGCAAAUAUUUUUAUUAAGAACCUUGAUAAGUCGAUAGACAACAAAGCUUUGCAAGAUACUUUCUGUGUGUUUGGCAACAUUCUUUCCUGUAAAGUUGCAACUGAUGCUUCUGGAGAAUCAAAGGGCUAUGGCUUUGUUCAGUUUGACCGGGAUGAGGCAGCUCAAGCUGCUAUUGAUAAACUCAAUGGCAUGCUUAUGAAUGACAAAAAGGUGUAUGUUGGGCCUUUCAUUCGUAAGCAAGAGAGGGACAAUUCUUUAGGCCAUGUCAAGUUCAAUAAUGUCUAUGUAAAGAACCUGUCUGAGACGACCACUGAAGAUGACUUGAAGGAAAUCUUUGGAAAAUUUGGAACCAUCACUAGUGCUGUUGUAAUGAGGGAGGGAGAUGGAAGAUCUAAGUGUUUUGGAUUUGUUAACUUUGAAAGUCCAGAUGCUGCUGCUCAAGCUGUUGAAGAGCUGAAUGGCAAGAAGUUUGAUGAUAAAGAAUGGUAUGUUGGAAGAGCACAAAAGAAAUCCGAAAGGGAGAUGGAGCUGAAAGAGAAAUUUGAGAAGAACCUUCAAGAAGCAGCAGAUAAGUAUCAAAACACUAACCUGUACCUGAAGAAUUUGGAUGAUAGUAUUGAUGAUGAUAAGUUGAGGGAACUUUUUGCUGAGUUUGGCACCAUCACUUCCUGCAAGGUUAUGCGGGAUUCAAAUGGUGUCAGCAGAGGUUCUGGAUUUGUUGCUUUUAAAUCUGCUGAAGAUGCUUCCCGAGCGCUUGCGGAAAUGAACAGCAAGAUGAUUGGCAGCAAGCCGCUCUAUGUUGCGCUUGCGCAGCGCAAGGAAGACAGGAAAGCAAGGCUGCAGGCACAAUUUUCACAACUGAGGCCUGUCCCACUUGCUCCUUCAGUUGGUCCUCGCAUGCCCAUGUUUCCACCUGGUGUUCCUGGAGUUGGUCAGCAACUGUUUUAUGGUCAGCCCCCUCCAGCGUUUAUCAACCCACAGCCUGGUUUCGGCUUCCAGCAGCCUCUUAUGCCUGGGAUGAGGCCUGGUGGAGGUCCAAUGCCAAACUUUAUAAUGCCAAUGGUUCAGCAAGGACAGCAGCCGCAGCGCCCGGCUGGCAGGCGUGCUGGUGCUGGUGGAAUGCAGCAACCCAUGCCAAUGGGUCAGCAACAGAUGAUUGCUAGGGGUGGCCGUGGCUACCGCUAUCCAACAGGACGUGGCAUGCCUGAUCCUGCAAUGCAUGGUGUUGGGGGUGGUGUGAUGCCAUCUCCAUAUGAGAUGGGUGGCAUGCCCAUGAGAGAUGCUGCUGCGUCACAACCUAUUCCUAUUGGAGCAUUGGCUACUGCCUUGGCUAACGCAGCCCCGGAUCAGCAAAGAAUGAUGCUUGGUGAGAACUUGUAUCCUCUUGUCGAUCAGCUGGAGCACGAGCAGGCUGCAAAGGUGACUGGCAUGCUGCUGGAGAUGGACCAGACUGAGGUGCUGCACCUGCUGGAGUCUCCAGAAGCUCUCAAGGCGAAGGUUGCUGAAGCAAUGGAGGUCCUACGCACGGCGCAGCAGAUCCAGACAAACGCCACACCUGAACAGCAGCUGGCUUCCCUGACGCUGAAUGACGGUGUCGUUUCGUCUUAAGCAGCAUCAUAACGGCGACAAUUUUUGAUCAAAAUAUCUCAUAUCUAUCUAGAUUUAAAACGACUUGGCUACUUGAUCUAUUGGAGUUUUAGUGGUUAUUGGUAGUUGAACUAGGCCAUGCGUGGUUUGAGUAUUUUGUUUGCUUGGAUCGGUUAUUUUGCUUGAAAGUUUAUUAUGUGGAUCAACUUUAAAUGUU